AUGCCCCAAUGCCCCGACGUAAGGAAGGAGGAGCAUUUGAGCCUCAACACUGAAGACCAGAAGGUUCAAACGCCAUACAGACAAACGAGGAACUAUCAUAUUCUAACGACAGACCCUAUGUCGGACCUGGAAUAUGGAAUCGAGGCCAAAGCCAAAAUCGCCGGGACCUCAUUCAGCACUGAAAUGGAAAUGGAAAGGAAGAAGAUCAGCUUCAAGCCUCCUCCUCCUCCUCCUCCUCCUCCUCCUCUUGAGAGUCGUGAAGGAUACACUGAGUGUGCAUACUUUUAUGACGGCAGCAACAACAAUAACAGCAACAAUAAAAGUAAGAGCGACAAAACCCUGGCAACGGAGAGCGGUGUGGUGGCCAGGUGUCAGUUACAAAGGAAACACAACUCGAAAGGAAAGGCCCAGAUAAGGUUACCUAAAGGAGAACUGGAGACCUGGAGAGUAACACUCGAGAGGAAGCGGAAGGGAGGAUUUCCAAAAGACGAAGACAGAAGUAGAAGAGGAACAAGGCACUCAAAGGAAACACGAGAACGAAUAUCCUCCUCCUCCUCCUCCUCCUCCUCCUCCUCCUCCUCCUCCUCCUCCUCCUCCUCCUCCUCCAUGAGGUCUUUGAGGGGUUAUUAG